AUGUCUUCCAUCAAAGCUCCACUCUCCAAGAACCUUCAGAUUGCUCUUAUCCAGAUAAAAGCUGGCGCCCAGAAGGCGGCCAAUUUGCAGAAAGUGACGUCUUUCAUUGACAAAGCUGUGGCUCAGGCUACGGGUGGUCUUGAUCUCGUCAUGUUGCCUGAAUGCUUCAAUUCGCCAUAUGCUGUGGAUAAGUUCAGAGAAUACGCUGAGAAUAUCCCCAAUGGCGAGACUACUGCUGCUCUUUCGAAAUUGGCAAAGCAGCAUGGUGUCUACAUUGUGGGUGGAUCCAUCCCAGAGCUUGAUGACUCUGAUAAUAAGGUGUAUAACACUUCCUUGACAUUUGACCCACAGGGUAACAUCAUCGCUAAGCACCGCAAGACUCACUUAUUUGACAUUGACAUCCCUGGUGGAAUCACCUUCAAGGAAAGUGAGACUUUGACUGGUGGUGACAAGGGCACUGUGUUUAAGCUUGGUGAAUUUGGUAAUGUCGGAUUGGGUAUCUGCUACGAUAUCAGAUUCCCAGAGUUGGCUAUGGCUGCUUCUAGGAAGCCUAACAAUGCUUUUGCCAUGUUCUACCCAGGCGCUUUCAACACCACAACAGGACCUUUGCAUUGGCAUUUACUUGCAAGAGCCAGAGCCGUUGAUAACGAGUUGUUCACAGUCUUGUGUAGCCCUGCAAGAGACGUUGGAGGUGACGGGUACCAGGCAUAUGGCCACUCUUUGGUUGUGGAUCCUUCUGGACACAUCGUGGCUGAAGCUGGAGAAGGUGAAGAGAUCUUGUAUGCUGAGUUGGAUAAAGACUUAUUGCCUAAAGCAAGAGAAGGAAUCCCUGUUCACUUCCAGAGACGUUUUGAUGUCUACAGUGAUGUUGCCAAGGAUGCUAAAAUCAGCGAUAAGUAG